AUGUCCAACGGACGUAAUCUUAUUUUCAAUUUUAUACGAAAAAAUCCUCUUCCAGUCACAUCGAUAGUUCAUCUUGGAGCUUAUGAUGCCUUUCGAAUGAUUAUUGAUCACACAAAGCCGUCAGUGGAACUGAAAAAACUGCUCGAAGGAAUCGAUAUGAACAAAAAUGGUAUCAUCGAAGCUUACGAAGUAGCCACAAAUCUCGAUGGAUUCUCCGAAGAGCUAGAAAAUCUUGUCUUAGCGAUGCUCGCAAAAGUGGAAAUAUCCAUGAACAACAUGACCUUUCCCGACUUUCUAAUUCUUCUUUGCCAGAGAAGAUUUGAUGAUUGGGAUGGAGUGGCGAUAAAUCCCAUUCGAGAGCUAUUUAUUGACUACGAUAAAAACUCAAAUGAAACGAUUGAGAAUUCAGAACUGCUGUAUUGGCUUCAAAACCACGGUAAAAUGAUCACUGAGGAUCAAGCACGAAGAAUGCUUAGUCAAAUAGACUCCAAUCGUGAUGGAAUUGUUACUUACCACGACUUCGUCGCCUUAUUAGCUGCUAGAGUUCUUACUUUGAUAAUGAAUAAACAACUAUGA